UGUUACCGCAGCAAGUUCAACUACGGCCGCCCCAUGAAACAUUACGAACCCAAGAAGGAAGCCAAUUUUUUAGCGAAUCACAAUGGGCUUGACUGGCCGACCAGAUUUUACACGUACUGGCUUCCUGCAUUACAUACUAACGGCUUGAUACCAGAGGAUACCCACGUUCGUCUGAAUCUCUCCGAGCCCAUUAACCCGGCUGUGAAGUACGAUUUAACGGUGUAUGAAGGACUCUAUCGCCUGCUCAAGCCACAAGUGUUAUUUUCUCAUUUCUUAUCGCAUGUGGUUCACACGCACAAGACCGGCACCUGGAACGGACAUUGGGGAAAAUACACUGAAUUGUGCGCUCCUUGUGGCUUCAAGUACGACUACAUUAUCAAACUGGAGACGAUGUCAGAGGAUUUAGAAUACGUCUUCCAGAAGCUGGGCAUCCCGUCCAACCCUCAUCUGAGGAAAAACAAAAGUACAAGGAAGAAAGACUUCAGCAAAUAUUUCAGGUAUUACAGGUGGAUAUCGAAGGAACUCAAGCGAGAAGUGUUCGAAACCUUCAAAGACGACUUGGAGAUGUUCGAAUACACGCUGCCAAAGAACUUCUUGUGAAUCGGCCAACUUAUUCGUAUCCGUUCGUGAAGACUUCGAAGUGUCUCUUUUGAUGUUCGGAUGUGUUCGGUGAUUUACGUGUCGGUUAUUUCGAGCAUUACUUAUUUAUUUGCUUGUUUUUUGUUGUUGUUGAUAUGGCGGAUGUAUUUAUUGUAAGUAAAUGUGUAAAUGUAAGUGAAUUAGAGUUAGAAA